UCUAUACCACCAUAUUCUCCGUCUAACUCUACGACAACUAUUCUCUUGCAGCAAGAAUGGCCGAUCCUGACGUCGUCCCUGCGCACCCGCCAGUGAAACGAAGACCACCCAAGCUGAAUCGCAAGCCGCCGUCUGCGACAAGAGACAGCGAAACAGACGAGCUGGAGUCGGUUGCCGAGGAAGAGCGGGGCGUUCCCCGUGGGGCCAGGCGCCUGGCUCGCGGGGCCCCGGAUCGACCGGGGGCGGGAGAGGCGUUGCAGCAGCGGAGCGACUGGCGCGGGCAGGCCGAGCAGCAACUCGUCCCGCUGCCGGAUGUGAGUAAAGCAGUCGACGAGGCGACAGAUCUCGUCCAGGACGUGACAACAAAGGCCGUGGGGGCGGUGGGCGAUACCACAGGCAAGUUGCUGCGCGGGGUGGCCGGCGGGUCGCAGAUGGAGCCCAAACAGAAGGAAGAACAGCUGCGGUUGCGGCUCGAUCUGAACCUGGAUGUUGAGGUACAACUCAAGGCAAAGAUCCACGGCGAUCUCACCCUCCAGCUGCUGAAUUAAUUAAUACUAUGUCACUUAGAUUUCCGCUUGUUCUAUGUACAUAAUAAUAUAUAAAAUCGUGUCCUGUC